AUGCCCCGUGGAGCACACCCUCCCACCUGGGACCGACCGCAGACCCUUCGAGAGGCUCGUCGCGCUUACCUGAAAGCUGGUCGUGUUCCAAAAUUGAGUGCAGCACAGAUCCGUGCUGCCGAGCGAGCGGUUGAAGCGGACAAGCGAGCCAAGGACAUUUUGGCAAAGCAGAAGCGUGCACGGGAAGCAAAGAAGAAGAGAGAGGAGCAAGAAGCAAAGCAAAGAGAAGAGCAGAGAAAGCUAGUACAGCUCGGUAAGCUGCCAGAAGAGAGCUUGUGGGGCAAGGUCCGAGCAAGCCAGCCCCGACUGCACACCUUCUUUGGCGUCCCUCGAGAUGGCAAGGUAGAGGCACAGUUCAGCAAAGCCAGUCUCGACGUUCAAAAUCGGAAAAGCGACGCAAGAGCCAGAUCGGUUGAGCAUUCUGCCGAGAACUCACAAGGUUCAGGACAGAUACAAUCUUCAGCCCCGCCAGCUCUAAAGUCGCAGAAAGCUUCUUGUUUGCCAGCGCUGCAGAAAGUGUCCGCCUCAGAGGCAUGCGGACAGCAGCACACGACCCAACCGAAGCACACAUAUGAGCGGAGCGCUCUCCAUGCGGCGCCUGUGGACCAAGGACAGCCGGAUACGCAAUUCUCCAUUUCAGGCUCGCAGAUGCUUUCCGAGUUCGCAGAUGAUAAAGCUCUCGAGGCGGAGCUGAACGGCCAAUCCUCACCACCGAAAAUAGUGCGUGAUCCGUCAAGUCACACAUUGAAGAGAACUGCAGCCCUCCAAACGGGCCGCCCUUCGAAGAAGCGCAAAACGGAGGACCCAUCCCCAGCCACAGCUUCUUCUACCAAAGCUACUCGUGCGAUAUCUGCUCAGAGGUCACCGUUGACGCUCAACAACCGUGCAGCAGAACAAUUCUGCACGUCUUCGGGUUCUUCUCUUACCCAACCUGGCGUCCACCUUCCUGUAGUAAGUGGCCUCGACGACAUCCCGACGGCUUCCCAAGUUGAGGCUAUGUUCUGGUCACAAGACUUUGAGGACAAUGGUGCACAUAGCGAUAAGGAGAACCUCGCCCCAUGUCCUACCGAUUUUAAGAUCACGAACAGCACCGUCCAAACCAAGUCCAACAAGUUAGCCCCUGCAAAGCCUCAGCGGCCAUGUCCAUCAACCGCAAAGCCUCCGGUCAAGAAAAGGUCACCGCCCCAGCAGUCAGCAUUGCGUUCUCGGGAAGAUGACAAGGUCUUCGAUAAUGGUCAUGGUUCCGAUGAGUACUUCGAUAACGUCUUUGGCGACGAUUUUGAUGAGAACCUGCUAAGGCUGUCAUCACAGGUUUUGGGCCUCAAAAAGGAUGACUCUCAAAUCGUGUCAAAGAAAAGGAGCGCUGAAGUACUUGGUGUUCACCGGUCUACUCUGCCAAAACUGGCCAAGCAAGCAAGUCCCCUGCGCUCGAAAGUGGGAGAUUCUCCAGACAGCACGCAGAACAGCUGCUACGAUUUGUACGGCGUGAAUGAUGAAGAUCUUUUGGAGCUUGCAGACAUGUUCAACAGCAGCUAG